AUGACCGGUCGGAGGUGGACGGCUCGGUGGUUUCUAUGGUUUCAGCGACUUCCUCCUCCAGUCGAUUGCUGCCUCCAAAGGAGCGUCUGAGAGAGAAGGCUUUCCAGUACUGCCUACGCCUCAUCGAGCAGAGCGAUCGCAAGGCACAUAAAAGGACAGAUACAGACCUGCAGAAAGCGUGUCUGGUGGAGGCGGUGUGCAUCCUGGACUGUGUGUGCGUAGAGGACACCUCACUGGUCUACCGAACGUUCCCGUGCAUCAAGGCGCUCUUUGGUCGGCUCAGCUCAGACCUGUCGUUCGCCAGAGUCCUGCUGCCCAUAGCACAGUUCUACCUCAACCACGGUGAGAUGGCUGCCGUGGAUUGUGAGAGUGUGUGGAAGCUGGUGUUUGGCCGAUUCCCUGCCGAGCUUUUCAACGACCACUUCCUGGCACAUGAGCUGCUACGCUUCCUUCGACAAAACCUUGAGAGCCUGCAGCUCCGAGUCCCGCAGUACAUGCACUCCUUCCCAAACCUGCUGAAGUUGUUAGCAUGGGACAGCCCGGCGGUAGUGGAUGAUUUUGUGGAUCUGCUGCCCUCUCUGGUGACUGCUGGAACUGCAGUGGAGCUUCUCCACACUCUGCUGGACCUGCCCUGUCUUUCUGCUACAUUGGUCCUGCAACUGAGGUCAACUUCUAUGCCCAUCUCUGAGCCAGGUGGUCACUUGUCACUUGAUGCAUUUCGAAACCCUUCUUAUCGUGGUCUUUUCCUCUUCCUGCUUCGAGGGGAAGCGGGUACAGGUGACACCAUUGACCGACUGAGCAUGCUCCAUGAGCUGCUGGCUGAGGUUGCUGAUUGGCCAAGAGUUGUUCAGUGUGCACAGACCGUCCCCGUGCUGUUGCACAUUUUUUUCAACACAGUCAUCACGGUAGCUGACGAGAAGCUUUUAGCCCACUUGACUCUGGUGAUGCUGGAGAGAAGCAGCCUCCUCCUCAAUAUCCCUAAAUACAUCACAGAGAUUCACAGGGUGUUCAGCUGCCACCUGCUGAGGUUGUGCAAGCUCCACCCCUCUCUGGUAGUGGACCAGUCUCACGAGCUGCUGGAGUUCGCUGGAGCCACAGCCAACGUCUACAGCAAAGAAGAAAUCUACACUCAUGUGGUGUGGGUGCUGGGAGAGUACCUGUCUGUGUCAUGUGACGCUCGCUGCUCCGUGAGGCUCACCACUUCCUGUUUUGAGGCGUUGGAGGCGGUGCUGUUUGAGAUCACUUCAUCUGCCCCACCACCUGGAGCACUUUGCCCUGCCCCCAGGGUCGUCACCACUCUAAUGAGCGCCCUGGCUAAGUUGGCGUCACGAUCACAUGACCUCAUACCCAGGGUGUCUCUGUUCUUCUCCAAGCUAAGAACAGUAACCAGAGGCGGGUCAGUUGCCUGGUGCACAGAUGAAGAGGACCUUGUUGCUAUAGUAACACGAAGCGAGGAGUUGUGGUCACUGCUGAAGGCGCCUGGUGUGGCUCAGAGCGUCCUUACCCCACCUCCACAUGUCACCACACCCCAGUGGCAUAGAGACACAAACGUGGCCAUGCCACUGCGGCUGCGUGCCCUCACCAGCCUCACACACUCACAGUGACGCACACACACUCACAUGCACACCACACAUCAUCAUUUUGCAUUGAGACAGAGACCUCUAAUGAACCCUGUUUGAUUUUUGCAAAUUAUUUUUGUAAAUAAAUGACAUUAUUUGAUUGAAA